AUGAGGGAGCUGUUGGAGUAUAUGGCGAACAAAAAGUUGAUUGCUCUCAUAGUGACGCAAAUUUGCCAUUCGCCAUUCCUGGGGCGAGCCAUGAAUUUUGGCACCUGUGAUACCGACCUUGCAUCAAAGUGUUCCCUUUGUCUUCAAAAGAAUAUAUACCGUUUUGGAAGCAGAAUGGACUCAAUCUCCAAUGAAAAGCAGAAUCUCAUCAUCGUUUCAAACCGGCUGCCAUUAUCAGUGAAGCGAGUUGAUGGUUCUUUUCAAUCGUCUCUUUCAAGUGGCGGUCUUGUCACCUCUCUUGCCGGAUUGACCAAGUCAACCCAAUUCCAAUGGUUUGGCUGGCCGGGCCUGGAGGUCAGAGAUCUUGGCGAUAGGGAGGAAGUGUCCAAAACCCUGGAAGCACAUAAUGCAAUCCCCAUAUUUCUUGAUAGUACUCUGGCACACGAGCACUAUAAUGGAUUUUCCAACCGAAUUCUUUGGCCAAUUCUACACUACCAGUCAGGAGUGACCUUCGACGAUACCCCUUGGCAAGCGUAUAAGCGUGUCAACGAACUGUUCGCUGAUGCGAUCGUGGAUUCUGCUGAGAGCGGAACCCUAAUAUGGAUUCACGAUUAUCACCUCAUGUUAUUGCCUGAGCUUCUCCGACAUAGACUCACGCAGCAAGGAAAGUCUUGUGCCAUUGGGUUCUCCCUGCAUACCCCAUUCCCAGCGGGUGACUUUUGGAGGAAUUUGCCAGUUCGAAAGCAUCUCAUCGAAGGUUUGUUAUCAAGCGACUUGAUCGGGUUCCACACGGACGAGUAUAAACAGAAUUUCAUCGAAACCUGUGCCAGUCUCCUCAAUGCACGUACCGAGAUCCCAAACCAGAUCCAGUACAAAAACCGUCUGGUCUGCACCAACAAAUUUAUUGUCGGCAUAGACCCACAGAAAUUCACCGACACUUUGCAGAUGCCCGAGGUCCAAGAUCGCAUUCAAACACUGAAAGAACGCUACAAAGGCGUGAAGGUGAUUGUAGGGGUCGACAGACUCGACCAUAUCAAAGGCCUAACUCAAAAACUGAGUGGCUUCGACGCCUUCCUCGACGAUCAUCCCGAGCUGCAGAAUAAAGUUGUUCUCAUCCAAGUCGCCGUUCCUAGCCGCGGAGAUGUGAAGGAAUACCAGGAUCUUGAGCGAGAUCUGUGUACGAUGGCUGGAAAAAUCAAUGGCAAGCAUGCCACUCCUGAAGGAACACCCCUGCUGUAUAUGCAUCGGUCGGUCCCAUUUGCAGAACUGACAGCCCUGUAUUCUGUGGCCGACGUCUGUCUCCUAACUUCCACCCGGGAUGGUAUGAAUCUUGUCGCAUUCGAGUAUGUGGCUUGUCAAAAGGAGCGCCAUGGCGUUCUGGUGCUUUCCGAAUUCGCUGGUGCCUCGUCCUUCAUGUCCCAAGGAAGUAUCUCAUUCCACCCAGCCAAUAAGACCGAGAUGUCGGAGGCAAUAUUCGAUGCAAUCAGCCUUGAUCCGGCGCAACGGAAAUCGAAGUAUGAGUAUCUUCGUGAUUUCGUCAAUGAAAACACGAGGUGGGACUCGAUCUGCGACGGUAAAUUGUCAGCUACUAACACUCGCAGUGCGAAAUGGGGCCAGGACUUCACCGAAAAGCUAUCACAGCGAUGUAAACGCCCUGACAAGCCAUGCUGA